AUGGCUGACUCCACGCUCGAGAACCCGCCGGUUCACUAUCGGUCCAUUUUCCUCUUUCUUGGGUACCUCUCUCUAAUAAUUUCCCUGGCCUUCACCUGCUGUCGCACAAUCUAUGCCCGGUACCAGGCACGCCAGAAGAAUAAUGACUGGGCUAAUAGCCAGCGGCGAACGCACCUGUUUCUAUUUCUCUUCCUGGCUGCUAUGAGCCUUGGAACUACAUGGUACUACAUGAUCUCGCUAUUUAUCCGCACAUACGACAAUUGGGCGACUAGCCCGCAGGGAUUGCCGUAUGCAACCGAAGAGACGCCUCUCAUUACCCGCAUGGGCCUUUGGUUGUACAAUACGUACAUCUUCCAAGAGGCUUGGGAAACGGUGUCUGAAACUCCAGCACGAGUCUGGUGGAGUGGUCAGAUCUUUGGAUGGACGAUUGGUUGGAGUCUUUUCCUUGGUAUCACAGGUCGGAGAUACCGCAUACCCUAUGUUUGGGUUUUCAUGCUUCUGGCUCAGGCUGUCAGUGUCGCCUUUGCUGCAAACCUUUUCUUUGCUGCAAUUACUGUAUCUGCACGACCUGAUGAGAAGAGUGUUUUCUUUUCAUGGUACCCGCCGUUACUCUAUGAAGUUGUCCCAGUCGCGCUCUCACUUCUCGACACUCUCGCCGUCCCUAUCUAUGCGUACCAGAAAAAUUUCAUGUUGAUCCUAUUGGCACCUCACUUUUUGGUCUUUGUCCCCUGCUUGUUGGGCCCAGGAGGCUCCUCGCCUAAGCCCUCUGAAAAAGCGGAGGCACAGCGACAAAUUUCCACCUGCACCCAACGCUAUGUUGUCUUUAUGAAGUGGGUGGCGACAGCUUCGAUUCUCUUGCAGGUCUACUUGACUUUCCUGGCAUCGCAAGAACUCGGCACGGACCUGUCUUAUGGCGAGUUCGUGAAGAAGUUGUGGGACACUGUGUAUGUUCAUCCGGCUUGCAGUAGUGUCAGCUGGGAUGCAAUCAUGAGUGCUAUGAGUGCGUUUUUCUGGGCAUUCGUGCAUGGUUUCGACACAAGUAAGAUGGUUGGUAGACAGUGA